CCGAGGGCUGCUCUCGAUGUGCCACACGGGCACCCAUGCUCUGCUGUGUCCUGUGCUCCCCCGAUGCUCCCUGCUUCGCGGCAGUCGCACCUCGCGAAUGCGAUGUGGCGCCGCCUCAGCCUCGCGCGUCACGCAUCAAGAAGGACACGACCAUCUCGCCAGCCGGACACGACCUCAGGACGGCCCUCGACACCUUCCGCCGAGAGCGGACAAUCAACAAGUAUGGCCGGGCCUUACUCGACAGCCUUGGUGCCAGUGCCGUGAUUCCAGACGACGUGAUCGACCGACUAGUCGAGUGUGCACAGGCUAGGAAGAUAAAAUCGGUAGACGACAUUCAGCGCGAGGUAGGGAAGAAGUGGGGCAAGGCUCGGGAGUAUGGGGAGGCAGUGACAAACAUCAUAAUGCGCUUCUUUCCUAUGGACAGCCCGUUCGUGACGGCACCGCUAACCCCUCGUCCACAAGCGAUGAACGCAACGGCAGCGGGCGUUCGACCAUCGACCACACCAAACCGCAGAGCUCUUCCUGGCACUCCGACACCAUCUAGGCCAACUGUCCGGCAGUAUAAGUGUGGCGCAUGCGGUCAGACCGGCCACAAUCGUGAGUGCUGA